AUUGGUUGGUUGUUGUAACAAGAACCAUGUGAUUUCUAUAUAGUCGUCUGUCAUGGCGGGAUUCCUGAAAUGGAAAAAUGGACCUCUCUCCGAAAUAGUUUUUAUAAUUGUGCUUUUUUGUAUAUUAAGUACGCAACAAACCUCAGGAAGUAAGAUCAACAUAGUCAAUAUCAAAGAUGGCCAAGAGUCUGCCAAAACAGGGUCAAAUCACUACUGCUAUCUCAACCCCAUUGUCCCAGGUUGGAAGGAAACAUGGACAAGAAUCCAGGUUCGAGUAUGGAGCUCAAACCAGCUGAAGGUAACUGUUGUGGAGGAUGAGGAGAAGCUGCAGGAGCUAGAACAUUUCAGUGUCUGGGGUCUGGUGCAGUACCUAAUGCAUGAGCAGACCAAUGAAACCACCCUCAGCAUCAGCCUGUUCAGCCCAAAGACCUGCUUCAAGAUCAAACCCAUCGACCCUACAGCAAUAUACACUGUAAAGCCCACACGAAAGUUUGAUGUUUUCCUAUUUGUGACAUUCUUGGCUGGAGUGCUGCUGUUCAUCUUUGCAGACUCGCUUAGCAGGAGUCAGGUAUUCUAUUACUCUGCUGGCAUGAGCACAGGUAUGAUUGCCUCCCUCAUCAUUCUCAUCUUCAUCAUGGCACGGUUUUUGCCAAAGAAAAGCCCAUUUUACGUGGUGAUAGUUGGUGGCUGGUCCUUCUCGGUUUACGUCAUCCAGCUUGUGUUCAGGAACCUGCAGCUGAUUCUGAAAGAGCACUGGCACGUGGCUUUUGGCUAUGCUGCAGUGGUUGGUUUUAUCAGUUUUGCUGUGUGCUAUCGUCAUGGCCCUCUUGUGGAGGAGAGGAGUAUCAAUAUCCUGUCCUGGACGCUGCAGUUUUUUGGCCUGCUGCUGAUCUAUGCUGGUAUCCAGGUUCAGCAAGUGGCGUUGGCCACCAUCAUUGCUACAUUCUGCUCUAAGAACCUGGAGUACCCUGUUUCAUUGCUCCUUCUUGCAUGGCAUAAGGUCAAGCCAACUCUACGCUGGAAGCCAGAGCCUCGUCGACUGCUGACUGAAGAAGAGUUCCAGAAACAGGGGGAGGAGGAGACGCAACAUGCCCUGGAGGAGCUGAGAAAGUACUGCAGCAGUCCAGACUUCAGCACCUGGAAGACAGUCUCUCGACUUCAGUCCCCAAAAAGGUUUGCAGAUUUUGUGGAGGGCUCACCUCACCUGAUAUCAAAUGAGGUUUCUGUGCAUGCACAGGAAUAUGGAUCCUUCUUUGAGGAUGAUUUCUUUGACACGGAUGAGGACAAUGAUGAGGAGAAUAUGGUGAACGGUUUGAAAAGAGGAGACCUUGGGUGGAAUGACAGAGACUUGUGAUGAUGCAUAGAUGGGUGUUUUUCCCUGUAGCAGCAAGGUUGAUGGAGCAAAGUGCUGACUGGCCUUUCACCCUCACAGCUCUCCUCCAACCCGAAGACUGGUGUUCAUGAAUCACCAGGAGAUAGUGGAAUCUUGCCAUUAGUAUGCCUGUGAGAAUGUCUUGCAUCCAAGUUGAAGCAUAGAUCCUACUGUAGAUUGCUGAUGGCAACCACCAUUUUUGUAAAUUGACACUUAAAGCCAAACCCUGAGUGCAAUGUACUGAACUGAAAAUGUAAAUCUAAUUCAUGUGGAGAACUCCCUCGAGUUAGGGGCAUAUUUAAAAAGUUUGGAUUUAUCCCAGUGUUUUAAUUUCAGCUGAGAAACUUGACCACAGGGGUAUACUACAAAGCAGGAUUAAUGAGGUAGCUAGCUAACAUUGAUAAACAAGCAGAAAUAACUAGAUUUUUUUGGUUUCAUUAAGAAAGCUAAGCUUGGGUACAGUAUGUGUUUUGGUUGAGUCAAUUAGACAAUGCACAUUUCAUGCUAGUCUAUCUAAAAAAAUAAAA